AUGGGUGUGGUAGUUGCUGAGAGAGCGCUGGAUGUAAAAUAUGGGUCUCACCCAGCGGCCGCGGGGACGCUCCGAGUCACAGCGUUAAAGAUGCACUGGCGAGACGCAUUGCGGGUGUGGCUGGAACGAAGCAGACGCGUCGGGAAGGAAGCCCAGGGGGGUCGGGGCGUCGGGAGGAAGCACAGUGGCGGGGUCAGGGGGUCCGGGAAGCGAAGCCCAGGGCGGGUCAGGGGCGUCGGGAAGGAAGCCCAGGGCGGGUCAGGGGCGUCGGGAAGGAAGCCCAGGGCGGGUCAGGGGCGAUCGGGAGGAAGCCAGGGCGGGUCGGGGGGCGUCGGGAAGGAAGCCCAGGGCGGGUCAGGGGCGCUCUGGGAAGGAAGCCCAAGGGCGGGUGCAGCUAGGGGCGUCGGAGAAGGAAGCCCAGAGGCGUGGGCGUCCCAGGGGCGCUGUCGGAAGGAAGCCCGGGCGGGUCAGUUGUGGGUGGGAAGGAUAGCCAUGAGAGGGACGGUCAGGGGCGUCGGGGAAGGAAGCAGGGACGGGUCAGGGCGUCGGGAAGGAAGCCAGGGCGGGUCGGGGCGUCGGGAAAAGGACAGCGAGGUGACCGGCGGCUCCCGGAAUUAG